AUGGACCGAGCUCCACAUUACCGAGGAUAUGCUCCUGGAAACACAUUCACACACCUCAACCCCUCCAAAAUGGCCGAACGGGCGCAUAAGCGUAGGAAGCCUACGCCAGGAAUGACUCAAAACCCGGCCGUUCUAACCACCGUCCCACUUGAUAAUUUAUUGACCGAGAUCCACCGGCUCCUCGGUCCAACCUGGGCCUUACCCCCCUACGACAACCUAUUACCGCCAUUUCUCAAGCCACCAUCGUCGCGGUUGCAGAUUGAAGAUCUUAACUACCUGGUAAGGAAAGGCGCGUUCGAUGUUCCACAGGGUGCACUUGGCCAAGAGAUUUUUAAAUCUUAUAUUCGGCAUGUGCAUCCCCAUAUGCCGUUUUUGGAUCUCGAUCUCUUUUCAGAUGCCAUCUUCAAUACGAGGCAUACCAGAGAUGAUGAGCAGGGCAUUAGUCUUCUUCUGUUCCAGGCGGUCAUGUUUGCCGGUGCAUUCUUUGUUGACUUGAAACAUCUUUACGCUGCCGGGUUUCUCUCUAGGCGAAGUGCACUGGAAGCACUAUUUCAAAGGGCCAGGGCUCUCCAUGAUUUUGACUGCGAAGAAGACGAGCUCAUCGUUCUCCAAAGUCUCCUUCUCAUGACAUACUGGUCCGAAAAUCCGGAUGGAGUCAAAAAUGGUCGAUACUGGAUCAAUGUCUGUGUCUCACUCGCAAGCAAAGUCGAUCUCUACCCCGAUCCGUCAGACAUCAAAACCACCUCGGGGCGAUUCAAAAAUCUUCUAUGGUGGAGCAUGUUCACUCGCGACAGACUGGUCGCACUCCCAUUGCAAGAGGCCCCUCUCAUCAAAAACGAAGUAUACCUAUCACUGCCGAUACCCACAGCGGAAGAACUGGGAAUAUUCCCUCCCCGAUCUCCAUUCAGCAACGACUACGCCAAUACCUGUUACCAAGAUAACGGGAACAAUCUGGCGCUGAUCUUCAUCGAGAAGAUCAAGCUAUGUCGCUGUAUCAGAGAUGACAUGUUUUCAUGGGGUUUGCAAAGACCAGAUCUCGGGUCCAGGGGUAUCAAAGCACGGCGAGAAAGCUUAAUGCUAUCAAAACUGGAUUUGGAUGACUGGCUCGAAGGAUUACCAGAUGAGAUUGCCUUCCGACCGAAACCGUUUUUAACACCCAACGACGCGGAUCUGAUAUUCCAUGUCCAUUGUGCAUGGCUACAGAUGAUAUACUGUGAGAUCCACAGCACUCUUCAUCGGCAACUGGAGUUCUUCGCUGAGCAAGGAAAUACAUCUCGUCGAGUACUCUUGUCGGAUUCUCUGGGGUGUCCGGUUCUACGUGGCGCUGUGGAGAUGACGACUGUUAUCGAGGAUCUAUGUCAGAAGCACAUAAUACGCUACCUACCCACCAGCAGUGUCCCCAUGGUUCUCCGGGCGUGUAUCAUUCAUAUCCAGCAGAUGUGUUCUGGUGAUGCCCAGGUUGAGCGUACAGGUCUGAAGGGUCUGUUGCAGUGCAUUCGCGCACUGCAGCAACUUAGUAAGGUCUAUGGCUGUGCGCUGUUUCUGACAUCUAUACUUGGAGGCCACGGAAGUGAGCCGCUGGGCUCGUCUCCACAAGACCUAUUGAAAAGUUUGGAUAUGGACACGCUAGAUCGGCUAACUUCGGGGUAUCAUGAAUCUGCGACGUCGAUGGUCAGGAUCAGGGAGCCGUAUGACGUGGACGUUAUUGCUCAAUUAAGGACUAGGCGAGAAAGCAUUUGUUAUUGA